AUGCCAAAAUGUGAAUCAUCAAUAGGGACCGAAGUAGAAGGGAAGCGAGAACCGGGAGAGGGAGCCAUGCAGCCGUCCAACAAACUCCCCUCGCGGUGUAUCAUGCGCCGCGGCUGCUGGCCCGGCCGGCUGGGCGCGGAGGAGGCAGCGCCACCGGGGCGGGCACCGCGGUGCGGGCGGUGCUGCGGCUGCUCCCGGACCUGGCGCCGCGCGCUCGCCCGGCCUUCCUCCAGCCGCGCCGUUGCGCGCACCUGCCGACGCCGUGGCCGCGGAGCGCGCGGCCCGAGGGAGCACGCGGCGGGCGGGACGUCCCGCGCUCUGGGAACGCGCACGGUGGCUCGGGCGUCGGCUCAGGGCGGACCCGCCGCCGCCGGGGGAAGCGCCGUGUCUGUGGGUCGCGCGGCUUCCGCACCCGUAAAACGGAGAGAUGACGCGGGGUGUUCCAGUGCCUUCUCAAGCUUGCGGCGACCGGGGAGGGACGGGGGUGCAGCCCGCAAAUUCGCGGCCGUGCCGUGCGCCGCAGGGGUGCCCUCGCACCCGCGUCCGACUGCCAAGAAAACCCGGAGCCGCCUGGAGCCGGUGGAACGCCCCGCGGACGGCGCCGGCGCCCGCUUUCCUCAGCGCUCGCUCCGGGGCGCAGCCGCCCGCGGCCACGACCACCGAGAGCUCGCACCGCCCGGAGUCCUAGAGCGGACCGGAAGUGCGCGCCCGGCCGGCGGGGACGUGCGGGUGGCAGCCGUCGCGUCGGAGACCCAGCCGGCCGGGAGGGUGGCCCUAGGCCCGCGGCGCAGCCGCCCGCGGCCACGACCACCGAGAGCUCGCACCGCCCGGAGUCCUAGAGCGGACCGGAAGCGGGAGCUGCGGCUGAGGGCAGCGGGUGUGCAAGCGGCCGCUGUGCUGGCCGCCGGGCUCGGCUCCGGAGUGACCUUGCCCGCGCCGUGGCCGCCCGGCUCCCGGGCGUCAGGAGGCCCGAAGCGGCCUCGGUCACGUCGGGUUUCGGCGUGGCGGGGCCCGUGCUGCGCGGCGCGCGGUCCUGUGCUCGCCGUUGCGGUGCGCGCGGAGCCUGGCUUCCCGUCCCAGGGACUCGCUCCAGUAGUGCCCUGUGUUGUCUCGGACGCAAGUCCUGCGCCGCGGCCGCCGCCCUGUGUUCACGAGAACUUCCCGCCCAGCGGGGGGGGGCGGCGCACGAGGCCGACCGCGCACCUGCCCGGACCCGGGUCGGAGCUGUCGGAGCUCAGGAUGGCCGCGGCCUCCGGCGUCUUCCCGGCCCCGGCUGGCCAGGCUGCGGGGGAACAGGCGGAGAUUAUCAGGGUGAAGGUUAAAGAAGAAGACCACGUUUGGGAUCAGGAGCCCUGCCUACAGAAGAAUGUGGCUCCCACCCGGGAGCUCUGUCGCCAGCGCUUCCGGCAGUUCUGCUACCAGGAAACUCCUGGGCCCCGCGAGGCGCUGAGCCGGCUCCGGGAGCUGUGCCGUCAGUGGCUGCGGCCCGAGACGCACAGCAAGGAGCAGAUCGUGGAGCUGCUGGUGCUGGAGCAGUUCCUGACCAUCCUGCCCGAGGAGCUGCAGGCCUGGGUGCGGGAGCAGCACCCGGAGAGCGGGGAGGAGGCGGUGACUGUGCUGGAGGAUCUGGAGAGGGAGCUGGAUGAGCCUCGACAGCAGGUCCCACAGGGCACAGAUGUGCCGGAAAUUCCUAUGGAGGAAAUGACUCCUGUGGAGACCGCAAAGGAGCCCUUAGGUGCCCAGCUCCAGCCCGUGGGAGACAGAAUGGAAUGUGACUCUCCGGAGCCAUACCCACUGCAGGAUAAUGGGUCAUUUUUGUGGCUUUCCAUGAUGUCUCAAAGCGUGGGUGAUGGUAACCCCAGUAGUUUAGACGCUAAUGAGCCAGAAAUUGAACCAGAAAACAUGAGAGAGAAGUUCUUCAGAAGCUUAGCAGUGUUACUGGAAAACAAAAGUAAUAAUACCAAGAUAUUUUCUAAAGCAAAGUACUGUCAGUUAAUAAGGGAAGUGAAAGAGGCUAAAGCGAAGGCAAGAAAGGAAUCUGUUGACUCCCGUCGCUUAGCUAGAUUUGACGUGAUCCUCGUACAAGGAAAUGAGAGGCUGAUUGAGGCUAUAAAUGGGGAAACAGAUAAAGUGCGGUAUUACUUACACAGCGAGGAGUUAUUUGACAUUCUGCAUGAUACCCAUCUCAGCAUUGGACACGGUGGGCGUACCCGCAUGGAGAAAGAGUUACAAGCCAAAUACAAGAACAUCACAAAGGAAGUUAUAAUGCUAUACUUGACACUCUGCAGAUCAUGCCAACAGAAAAAUUCAAAACUCAAGAAAGUUCUAACAUCAAAGCCAAUGAAGGAAGUGAAUUCAAGAUGCCAGGUGGAUCUUAUAGACAUGCAAUUGAAUCCUGAUGGGGAGUAUAAAUUUAUUAUGCAUUAUCAAGACCUUCGUACAAAGUUGAGUUUUUUGCGAUCACUAAAAUCUAAAAAGCCUAAGGAAGUUGCACAUGCUCUUUUAGAUAUUUUUACAAUUAUUGGAGCACCCAGUGUCCUACAAUCAGACAAUGGGAGGGAAUUUUCAAGCCAGAUUGUCAGUGAACUUAGUAAUAUUUGGCCAGAAUUGAAAAUUGUCCAUGGGAAGCCUCUGCCUUGUCAAAGCCAAAGUUCUGUGAAUCAGACUAAUGAGGAUAUUCAAGAUAGGAUUAUCUCCUGGAUGCAAACCAACCAUUCGUCACACUGGGCUGAAUUUUUAUGGUUCAUUCAGAUGACCCAAAAUCAACCCUAUCACCGAGGCAUGCAGCAGACUCCAUUUGAAGGCACAUUUAGCUCUGAAGCUAGACUAGGCCUGUGUCAUUCUCAGUUAACUGAAGAACUUAUUGCUAGCCUGAAUCCAGAAAACAAAUUAGAACAGGCUGACAGAGAAUUAGAAAGUAUGCCAGGAGCACCAUAUGAAGAGAACAUUGAGACUGGCACGGAUAGCAGUGAUAUUGAAGAGCAUCUUUCUCCUCCUGCCGGGGCCAUGAAGAACCCUGCCGAAAAGAGAGUAAAAUUUGUAUCCUGUGUAGUUUGUGAGAAAGAAUGCUCAGGUGCUCAUAAUUGUGUAUCGUGUGAUGGGAACGUCCAUGCGAUCUGUGGAGUGCCCCCUCAACGUGACACUGAGGGCUGUCCUUACAGAAUAACGUGCAGUCUCUGCUAUGAGACCACGACAAUGAAAAGGAAACAUGAUGAGAUCCAGAGAAGUUUGACUGGUCAGCCUUCCAAAAUGCUGAAGCCGUCAGAGACACCAUUUUCAUCAGACAAAGUAGGAGAUUGGAAGGCGGGCCAGUUUGGGCGUCACUAACCUCUCAAGGC